AUGGCUGACGACGCCUCAGCGUCGUCGUCGUCGUCUUCCUCCUCAUCAUCACAAUCGUCAUCGACGUCCGCGCCAACGACCCAUUUCUACCCUUUUGCAACUUCCCCGGAUAUCAUCCGAUCCCAUGAGAAAGACGGCUUCAUAACCAGCACCCUUACCAACCAAGCACAGUCGAUCAUCCGGUCGUUGAAAGGUGCGCGGUACGCGCAUGCGCAUGCGGAGACGAUCAAGAAUCUGACCGAGAUCCUGUACUUCUCCCUGACCACUCUGAUCGGCAACCGGACGCUGGGCGAGGAAUACUGCGACAUUGUGCAGCUGGAAGAUGACACGCUGCAACUCCCUUCAAUCGGUCGGCGCGCAGGCUACAUCCUGAGCAGUAUCUUGGUGCCGUGGAUAUUGGGUCGCUUCCUUCCCUACCUCCGACAGAAGAUCCGGGCAAAACUGGAGCGCAGCAUCGCCCGACAGCAGGCAAAGGCAGCGAUGGCGCAAAGCGUCGCGUCGCGCUUAAAUUCGCUGAAGAAAGAUGCCGCGUCAAAAAACAAGUUCUUCACCACUCUUCGCCUGCAGAAAUAUAUCCUCGAACACCUCGACUCGCUGACAUCCUUGUCUCCAAUUUACGCCCUCAGUCUGGCAACGUUCUACUUUACCGGCGCGUACUAUCAUCUCUCCAAGCGUCUUUGGGGCCUCCGAUAUGUGUUCACGAAGCGGAUCGGGGAGAGCGAACAACGCGUCGGAUACGAGGUGCUUGGUGUUCUGCUCGUCCUGCAGAUGGCAGUGCAGGGAAUCGUCCACGUUCGGCAGACCCUGGCGUCUAUCCAGAAGGAGGCGGAGGAGGAACCGGGGUUGUCCGCUACCGGUACCGCAACUGGUUUCCAUGCAGACGGGCGCAGCAAGCAGGAUAUGCUGCUGCCAUCCGUACAGCACCCUCCGUCCAUCCCGCUUCUGCCUGCUUCCACUCCCCGCUACGACCUGUCGGCCAACCCUUCGGCCGUGCCAUGGAUCCCUGCGGGCCAGCAGCGCAAGUGCACGCUGUGUCUGGAGUUGUUCAAGGACCCCAGCGUGACGACCUGCGGACACGUCUUCUGCUGGACUUGUAUCCGGGAUUGGGUCCGCGAGAAACCAGAGUGCCCGCUCUGUCGGCAGGAGGUGCUGGCAUCCAAGAUCCUGCCGGGUUACGUUGAUAUGAUAUUACCAAUUCCAACAUCUCUUGUUUGGUCCAUUCCAUGA